AUGUCCAUCCAGCCGCCCGGCCAAAUUGAGCUCCUCACGACCUUCGGAGAUGCCACUAAUCACCGGACCGAGCUCGUGCGCUUCGACAUGGUGGACAUAGAGGCCUCCUUCGACGCCAUCCUUGGCAGAACGACCUUGAACCGCCUCUGUGCUGCCGUCCACCACAACUUCCUGUGCAUGAAGAUCCCAGGCCCGAAAGACGUGAUCGCGGUCCGUGGUGAGCAAUCCUCCAAUAGGAAAACGCUAUAUCGCCACGAGACUAAGUGCGCCGAGAAAGAAGAAUCAUCCAAAAGUGUCCACGUGCUUUCGGAUGUGUGUUGA